GGCAUCUCUUCUCAUCUAUUUCUGCUUCAUCAAUCUUUUCUCGCCUUCUUCAUCAACCUCUCCAACUCACGUCGCGUAUUUCGCAGACCUUGGCUGGUUCUGCUCCCUACCACCACUAUCAUCAUCCCCCAUCCUCUACUCUUGCUCCCAGGUUGAAACAGCCCUUGGUUCCACCUUAACCUCUUACACCCCUGUUUUACUUCGACUCAUCGCCUCAGCUACAAACACACCAUCCACCAUGUCUGCCGAAGAGGAUCUCAUCGACUACUCGGACGAGGAACUUCAAGCACCCGAGGCUCCAGCGGCCGGCGCGACCAACGGUGCCGCAAAGAAAGGCGAUCUAACAGUCAGCGGAGGGAAAGCCACCGACAAAGGCAAAGGCAGUUAUGUCGGCAUCCACUCGACGGGCUUCAGAGACUUCCUGCUCAAAGGCGAGCUGCUGCGAGCAAUCACCGACUGCGGUUUCGAACAUCCUUCGGAGGGUUAGUCAUCCAUCAUCCAUCCUGCCAUAUAUUCUUGCAAGCAAAAUAUCCACCCUCCAAAGUUCUUCCUGCUACGAGCGCAUCCGUCCAUCUCCAAGAAAAGAAAGGGAAAGAAGAAGAAAAAGAACGAGAAUGAAAAGUUUCUACAACGGAUUCGAAAGUCUCCGAUCGGCGACCUGUACGGUCGAACAUUGGCGGGCAAUAAAAUGCCACCGCCUCACGCCGGCUGAUUCGACCUACCGUCCUGGAAGGUGGCAGUCUGAAGACCGAGAAGUGAGAGCAUGUCUCUUCUGGGGUCGCCGUUUUCGCUCCAGCUCCACGUUCAAAUAGGCAUGCUGAAAACGCUGCAAAUGAUUGACACUUUCGCACACCCAAGCCAACGUCCCUCCUGCGUUGUGAUAUUCGCGGGAAAUGGUGGCCUGAAUGUGCGUUACUGGUGUUCGGUAAUAGAACUAGUCACGGGUGGAAAGAACGGGGAUGCGGCUCAAUCCUUUCAGGUGCAAAAUCAGGGAGAUGGACGGAUCGGCCUGCGAUGCUCUUUUAUCGUCUUCACACAUGCUUUACCGAACCAAGUCUAACAUCAACGAUUUCCUGCAGUCCAGCAAAAAUGUAUCCCACAGGCUCUCCUCAGUGUCGACAUCCUGUGUCAAGCCAAGUCCGGUCUUGGUAAGACCGCGGUCUUCGUCUUGACCACCUUGCAUCAACUGGAACCUGUUCCUGGCGAAUGUUCCGUACUGGUCAUGUGCCACACACGUGAACUUGCCUACCAGAUCAAGAACGAAUACGCAAGAUUUAGCAAAUAUCUUCCAGACGUGAAGACAGCAGUCUUCUACGGCGGUACGCCCAUCCAGAAAGAUAUUGAUCUUCUCAAGAACAAGGAAUCCUUCCCCAACAUCAUUGUCGGGACCCCCGGUCGUCUCAACGCCCUUGUCCGUGACAAGAUCUUGUCAUUGCGCAAUGUCAAGGCGUUUGUUCUCGAUGAGUGCGACAAAAUGCUGGACCAAAUCGACAUGCGCCGCGACGUUCAAGAAAUUUUCCGAGCAACUCCGACGGAGAAACAGGUCAUGAUGUUUAGUGCCACCUUGCCCCAGGACAUCCGACCGAUCUGUCGCAAAUUCAUGAGAAACCCUCUCGAGGUGUUUGUCGAUGACGAAACCAAGCUUACCCUCCACGGUCUUCAACAAUACUCUAUCAAGCUCAGUGAGGGAGAAAAGAACCGCAAACUCAAUGAAUUGCUUGACAGCCUCGAAUUCAACCAGGUCAUCAUCUUUGUCAAGAGUACUCUCCGUGCCACUGAACUUGACAAGCUGCUCCGGGAAUGCAACUUCCCGAGUAUUGCGGUGCAUUCUGGUGUCAGUCAAGAGGAGCGUAUCAAACGCUACAAAGAGUUCAAGGAGUUCAACAAACGAAUCUGUGUUGCCACUGAUGUGUUCGGUCGAGGAAUCGACAUUGAACGGAUCAACUUGGCCAUCAACUACGACUUGCCUGCCGAUGCUGAUUCUUAUUUGCAUCGCGUGGGUCGUGCCGGCCGAUUUGGUACCAAGGGGUUGAGUAUCAGCUUCGUCAGCAGCGAGCAGGAUGAGGCUGUGCUCAAGGAAAUUGAAAAGCGCUUUGAUGCCCAGGUACCUCCCUACCCUGAGGGUGGUGUCGAUUCGAGUACCUACAUGGCAUCUUAGACCAGGAGUUCGGCUUGAUGAACAAACAGAAUGGGGGUCUCGAUUCCGAGAGGUUAUGCAGAUGUCAAAAUCGAUCUCCGCAUCUUUGCUUGGGAGAAGAGGACCAUGUAUGUGUAUCGCGGGGUCUUGCUGGGAUAAGGACGGUUAAGGAAAAGUGAGACAGGGGACAAAUUGCCAUUCAGGUUGAUCCGCUUAGGUACAACAAGAGAGCUUUACAUAGCUAGUCCUUGCCUUGGAACAUUUUCCCAAAAAGAAGUUUCUGAUA